AGCCGUGGCCUCGCAGGUGGAGGCGACGGCACCACGCCUGCUGCUCCGGGGCCAGAUCUCGCCGCCUGAGAGCUGCCGGGGGUGCGGGCUUGGAGCGGCGGACACGCGCGCUCCCAUGGGCUGGGCUCCCCUCGCGGGUCGGCAGCCGCGGGCAGCGAGAGGGGCCCCGCUGCCCACAGACACGAGGCCGGGCCGGGCCGGGCAUGGCGCAGAGAGCGGCCAGCACGGCUGCGGAUGAACUAGCCAACGCCGCCGCCCGCGGCGAUCUGCUGCGGGUGAAGGAGCUACUGGACGGCGCGGCCGACCCCAACGCUGUCAACUCCUUCGGUCGGACCCCCAUCCAGGUGAUGAUGCUGGGCAGCCCUCGCGUGGCCGAGCUGCUGCUGCAGCGCGGCGCCGACCCCAACCGCCCCGACCCGCGCACCGGCUGCCGCCCCGCACACGACGCGGCCCGCGCCGGCUUCCUGGACACGCUGGCGGCGCUGCACCGCGCCGGGGCGCGCCUCGACCUGCCCGACGGCCGCGGCCGCCUCCCCAUCGACGUGGCGGCCGGGGGCCCGCACGGCCCGGUCGGCUGCUACCUGCGACGGCUGCCAGCGCUACCGCGAGCACCCCUCCCCUGAUUCAUUGACCGGCGUCCGGACCGUGCUCCUAGCGGCGUGCAGCGGGGGAUUAGAGGGAUGUGUGGAUUUUAGCACGCUGCUCUUUGCGCGAGUCUGUGUGCUGCCCUGCGCUUGAAACCCACCCGCUCUUCCCCUUCCGCGUGGGAAUUCAAACACUGUGAAGAGAUGAAGGAAUUGGCUCCCUUCGCCUUGUGUCCGAGCUUUCUGAUAAGCCUCGGUCCGAAGCUUCCCGCUACCCCGCCGGGCCCCUCCUUCGUCCGCGCGAAGCGGCUUCCCCCCGCGGCUUUGAAGCCGAAAGGGACGGCGGGGCGCGCCGCUCUCCCUUGCAAAAUCAGGACAGCGGGGAACGAAGGUUUUGGUAAACACCUCCUGCCAGCCACGCAAGGUGCUGUGGCAUGUUGGUACUUGAGUCCGUGGUGCAUCUGCGGCUCUUCUCACGGAGUCAACAAGCACGGGACCUGCAAGAAGAAAACAGAGAUUUGUGCCUCUGCAAGCCCGAUGCUGCCCUCGUUUGAAGGAGUUACGUGCAGGUGACCUGCUCCGAUCCGCUGCGAGUUUAACAGUAUUCUGAAGGAAGUCACCAUGGCUGCAAAAACGAAAACAUCGCAGAACUAAAAAUUAAAACUCGGACUUUCGUACGCGCCUCUGAUUUCCCCAGGCUGCCCGAAACCGGCGCGUUUGGCAACGAAAGAACCACGCUGGUUAAGUUCUGGCUCUGCCGUGAGUCCGCUCCCGGUCGAGCAACGCGCCGUAGAGGGGAGAGCCGAACGCUUCUGUGUGUCCGCGUCCUCUGUGGUCACCGGGACGGAGCGCAAAGCGACGGCGGCAGAUCGGGCGGCAGCGGCCCUGCGCCGCAGCUCUGUGCGCUCCGCAAAGCGUCCGGAGAGAGUUCGAGGGGGAAAAGAUUUCGAUUUGGGUUCGUAGCCUCCGCCUCCUUCAUAUAAAAAUCGUGAAGGUAAUGAAUGUGCUAUUAAGUGUAACUUAUUGGAAUAUAUAUAUUUAUCACAACGUAAUCUCAUGCAAUUCGCGCUUUAGAAUUAGUCUGUGUACGCUGACACUCCGGAGAUAUGAAGUUUUGCCGUUUAUGAAUUCGGUUCUUACGUGUAAUGAAGAUACAAAACGCUCAGAGUAUGUGCAUGUAUGCAUGAAAGCGUUGCGGUGGUACAUCAAGCCUAUAUAUGUGCUUGUCGGUUAUUUAUAUAUGUGAUACGUUCGUGCUUCUCUGUGUUCACUAUUUAUGCUCACAAGGAUGUACGAGAAGCGCACAUUAAAUUUGAAACAAAUACAGAA